AUGUGUGAUGAAACUGUUCAACAGUAUUCUGGAUAUCUUGAUGCUGGUGCCAAGAAACAUUUCUUCUUUUGGUUCUUUGAAUCGAGAAGUAAUCCUCAAACUGAUCCAAUCGUUCUUUGGCUUGGUCCUUGCUCAGUUAACGAAGACGGAACUGAUACUAUUUUUAAUCCUUACUCAUGGAAUAACAAUGCUAGUGUUAUUUUCUUGGAUCAACCAAUUAAUGUUGGAUAUUCUUAUGGUAGCGGUGUGUCCAAUUCAUUGGCUGCUGCCACUGAUGUAUACGCGUUUUUACAAAUCUUCUUCCAAGAAUUUCCUCAAUAUGCCAAUUUGGAUUUCCAUAUUGCUGGUGAAUCGUAUGCUGGACAUUACAUACCUGCCAUAGCAGCAGAAAUUAACAAUAAUAAUAAAGGAACUUCUUCAUGGAUUCUUGCAAAUCAACCCAAAGCACUUAAACAUGUCAAUCUUGAAUCCAUCUUGAUUGGAAAUGGAUUAGUAGACCCUCUAGUACAAUACAAAUAUUACGCAGAUAUGGCCUGUAACUCUUCUUAUGAACCCGUAUUAGAAGAAUCCACAUGUGAUCAAAUGAGAAAUGCUUAUCCUCAAUGUGCAUCUAUGAUUCAACGAUGUUAUGAUUCUUCAAAUUCAUUCUCUUGUUUACCUGCUUCAAUGUAUUGUAAUAGAGAAAUGAUUCAACCUUAUCAACAAACUGGUAAAAAUGUUUAUGAUGUUAGAAAAGACUGUGAGGGUGGUGGUUUAUGUUAUCCAAUUUUAAAAGCCAUUGAGAGAUUUUCUAACCUUGGAGUUGUUAAAGCUGAAUUGGGUGUUGAUUCUUCGGUGGAAUAUAAAAGUUGUAACAUGGAAAUUAAUUUCAGAUUCCAACUUGCCGGUGAUUGGAUGCGUCCUUAUCACUUAUUGAUCCCACCGCUUUUGGAAAACAAUAUUCGAGUAUUGGUAUAUGCAGGUGAUGCUGAUUUUAUUUGUAAUUGGAUUGGUAACGAAGCAUGGGUAAAAGAACUUAAAUGGAGUGGUGAAAAAGGUUUUAACGAUGUCAAGGUUACUCCUUGGAAAACAGACAAUGGAGAACAUGCUGGAGAUGUUAGAACCUAUCAAGGAUUUACGUUCUUGAGAGUUUUUGAAGCUGGGCAUAUGGUACCUUAUGAUCAACCACGUCCAAGUUUAGAUUUCUUUAAUAAAUGGUUGUUCAAGAAAGAUUUGUAA